AUGGGUCACAAUGGUUCAAAGUUUAAGAGAAGCAAGAGAAAUUCUGUCUCAGCGGCAGACCCUCAUUCUAGUACGAGUGUCAUGAGUAACUUCAAGGAAGAAUACAACUUUGACAAUCCUUACAUGAUGACCAUUGAUGAAACGCAAAUUGACAGAAUGCAAACGCAGCACCACAUCCUGAGAACCAUCUGGGAUGGUAACUUUUCCGCCCCCAUCAAGGAAAAACUGAAGAACGGAAAUUUUAAAGUACUCGAUUUCGGAUGUGGUCCUGCCACUUUCUGCUUCGAUCUUUCAUCCACCUAUCCGCUGUCGACAUUUGUCGGAGUUGACUUUGUUCCAAUAUUUCCAACGCAAGUUCCCAGAAAUACACAAUUUCUCGUAGCAAACAUAAUGGAUGGAUUACCAUUCGAGGAUGCUACCUUUGAUUACAUACAUGCUAGAUUUCUGGUGAUGUAUUUUACGCAGGAGGAAUGGGAAAAUGUGGUGAUCAAGGAGUUGACGAGGGUUUUAAAACCGGGCGGGUACUUGGAAUGUUAUGAUAGCGAAUUUAUCUGGUAUAACAUGUCGCCAUCCUUAGAAACACUGUGCAAUGCUGUGCAAAAGGAACUUUAUGCGAGAAACAUCGAUCCACUAAUGUCAAGAAAACUCGGUAGCUUCAUAGAAUCCACCGGGAAAUAUAAGAGCAUUCAGCACGAACAAAAAAGUAUCCCUUAUGGCUCCUGGGGAGACAAAAUAGGUGAAUUAUCUGCCCAAACAUUUUUCCAAUUCUUUGAAGGCGUCCGAAAGCCUAUAAAAGAGAUCAUGAACAUAAACGAUCAGGAAUUUGACAAGUUAAUGAAGAAGUUCGAAGGUGAA